CUCCCCCGCUCCCCCGCCUCCCUUCUCCUGCUCCCUCCUCGUCGGCCUCCAAGAUAGAUUCCCUCAGGAGCAAGGUUGACCUGCUCAAGCUGCCCCUGGCUCUCUCCACCAAGUCCAUCUCCGAGCGCAAGAGCCAGCUGGGAGGAGUCGGCGAGCGGCGCGGCACGGGGGGAGGAGGAGGAGGCGGGGCUCGCAAAGCCCGCUCACCGCCAACCCGAGACAUGGACAACGAGUCGCAGUACUCGGGCUACUCAUACAAGUCCUCCCACUCCCGAAGCUCCCGCAAGCACAGGGAUCGGCGGGAUCGUCAUCGCUCCAAGAGCCGAGACAGCAGCAGCCGUGGAGACAAAUCGGUCACCAUCCAGACUCCCGGAGAGCCGCUGCUCGAUGCAGAGUCGACCCGCGGAGAUGACAGGGAUGAUAACUGGGGAGAGACCACCACCGUCGUCACUGGCACCUCAGAGCACAGCAUCUCGAACGAGGACCUGACCCGCGUCUCCAAAGAUUUGGAGGAGUCGACGCCGCUGGAGUGCAAGCGCUUUGUUGGCCCAGCUCUGGGAGGCUGCCUGAGCUUCUUCGCCCUCGUCACGCCUUUAGCCUUCCUCAUCCUCCCGCAGGUCCUGUGGCGCGAUGCCCUGGAGCCCUGCGGCACGCCCUGCGAGGGCCUCUACGUCUCCCUGGCCUUCAAGCUCCUGGUUCUGCUCAUCUCCUCCUGGGCGCUGUUCCUCCGCCCUCCUCGCGCCACCCUGCCGCGCUUCUUCGUCUUCCGCUGCCUGCUGAUGGUGCUGGUGUUCCUGUUCGUGGCCUCGUACUGGUUGUUCUAUGGCGUGCGGGUGCUGGAGCCCAGGGAGCGGGACUACAGGGGGAUUGUGGAGUACGCUGCCUCGCUGGUGGACGCCCUGCUCUUCAUCCAGUACCUGGCUCUGGUGCUGCUGGAGGUCCGACACCUGCAGCCGGCCUUCUGCCUUAAGGUGGUCCGGAGCACGGACGGAGCCAGCAGGUUGUACAACGUGGGCCACCUCAGCAUCCAGCGGGCAGCUGUCUGGGUCCUGGACCGUUAUUACAGCGACUUCCCCGUCUACAACCCUGCCCUGCUCAACCUGCCCAAAUCCAUCCUGUCGAAGAAGAUGACCGGCUUCAAGGUUUACUCCCUGGAUGAAAACACCACCAAUAACUCCACGGGGCAGUCCCGGGCCAUGAUAGCCGCCGCUGCCAGGAGGAGAGACAACUCCCACAACGAGUAUUACUACGAGGAGGCCGAGAUGGACCGCCGGAUCCGCAAACGCAAGGCCAGGUUGGUCGUGGCGGUGGAAGAGGCCUUCACACACAUCAAGCGUCUCCACGAGGACGAGGCCGCCUCGUCCCCCAAACACCCGAGAGAGGUGAUGGAUCCCCGGGAGGCGGCUCAGGCCAUCUUCGCUCCGAUGGCGCGAGCCAUGCAGAAGUACCUGAGGACCACCCGUCAGCAGGCCUUCCACAGCAUGGAGAGCAUCCUCACACACCUGCAGUUCUGCAUCACACAUAACAUGACACCCAAGGCCUUCCUGGAGCGUUACCUCACCCCGGGCCCCACCAUGCAGUACCAGCAGCAGAGCGGCAGGGGGCGCCAGUGGACUCUGGUGAGCGAGGAGCCGGUGACUUCAGCGCUGCGUCAGGGUCUGGUCUUCUCCCUGCGGCGUCUGGACUUCUCCUUGGUGGCCACUGUCACGCCGCUGCCCUUCCUGCGGCUCGGGGAGGAGUUCAUCGACCCAAAGAGCCACAAGUUUGUCAUGAGGCUGCAGUCAGAAACCUCGGUGUGA